UCGACAUUCCACGCGUUGACUUUGUGGAGUACGGAAGGAUUGAAAAGUGCGUGCGCGCAAACGAUUGCUCGGAAUUAUUUGUUUUCAAAAAAAAAAAAAAACCAAAAACUCUUUUUUUAUUUUGUGUGCUUACAAAUAGAAAAUCAAAUCAAAACAAAUGGGUUUAACAUAUAAAGCGUUGAAAUACAGAGACAUAAAAAUGAAUGUGGCCAAAGCGAAGGCGGAUGACAUGGUUGUUGACACUGAUUGCGAGACAACAACCAAUGUGGCUCAGCAACAACAAGAUGAUACAGAUUUGGUAACUGAAGCGAGUUCAUCACACAAAUUGCAAGCAGCGACGGCUAUGGCGGACAAUCAGCCACAACAAUUCACUGCUGAUCAUAUUAUGAAAUUGUGUUUAUUUUUAGCAGAAAAGUCCAGAUCAAAGCAACUACAACAAAGUCAAGAAAUGAACGCCCGUCGGUUUUAUGAGAAUUUUCUCAAAGAAGCAAAUGAAAACAUUGAAGACCACCAAAUAAAGACCGACCAUAGUUCCGAUUGUUUUGAGAACGAUUCUCAAAGCAGUGAAUGCAAUUUGAAGACACCAAAGAGCAACCAACAUCGAUCAACUGUCCAACAAACAAGUCCACGUACAUCAAGAAGAACAAAAAUAAGAUCGGAACGAUAUUCAAAACAUACAGUGUUAACGGAUAAAUGUUCAAAUUUCACAAGCUGUAAUCUCUCCAACUGCAACUCACCAAAAGAAGAAGAAGUCUUCGAGAAAUCUUCAGAGUUUGAGCAUAAUUAUCAACCACCACAACAACAUCAGCAGCAAGAUAAACGUGAUAUUCUUUUAAAAAUACGCCAACAAAUUUUCGAAAGAAAACGUCUGAGACAAGUGUUGAAUGGUGGUGGUCAGAGGCAAAGUGCACAACAUCCGUUUGCAACUCAUCAACACCAACAGCAACAGCAACAGCACCAGCAAAAGCAAUACAGACAAACUAAUAUUGAUUAUAAUAGCGUACAUUUAGAGCGACAAGAUGCACUGCAACAAUUAGCAGACGUUUGGCGUCCUUGGUGAUAUGGUAUUCUAUAAAUACCUACAUAAAUACAUGGCUGUCUGUGUGUGAACAGUAUUUUUCAAUGCGUUUAGUAUGCAUUUU